CCUUCCCGCUAUAAAAGCAGCCAGCUGCAUGCUCGGCUCCAGCACGCCUUCUACAAGCCCUUAGCGUUACUUGUCCAGUUGUCCCCGGACUCCAGCCACCACUUCGACUUGCCAUGGACUCCAACUGCUCCUGCGCUACCGGAGGCUCCUGCGCCUGCCCCGGCUCCUGCAAAUGCAAAGAGUGCAAAUGCACUUCCUGCAGAAAGAGCUGCUGCUCCUGCUGCCCCGUGGGCUGUGCCAAGUGUGCCCAGGGCUGCAUCUGCAAAGGGGCAUCAGACAAGUGCAGCUGCUGCGCCUGAUGUGCGAGAGCCCCGCCCAGAUGUAAAUAGAGCAACCUGUACAAAGCUGGAGUUUUGUUUUGUUUUUCAUACAACCCUGGCCCAUUUGUUAUUUUCCUUUUUCUACGAGAUAUAUGAAUGAUAAUAAUAAAAGUUGAUGACUUUA